GUGAGCGGAGACAAAGAGGCGACUUGGUGGAAAAUGAGUAUAGGGAGGCUGAAAAUACUAGAUACCACCAUGAAGUGCGUUCUCUUUGUAUUAAAGACGUUAUUUUGUGUUUUUUGAUCGAGCAGCAGGCUCCGGGGGAAAACUGGUGACACCGGAGGAUUUGCAAACCGGUAAAACUAUUGUAUUUGCGUCGGAGCUGAGCCAGAGACACACCGACGUUAGCCAGAAUGCCGCGGGACAACAAAACUCCUCUCAUACAGAAGAUAGCAAAGCAAGCCCACAUCACCUUUAAAGGCUUUAAAGCUUCUGCUAACGGGGACAAUAAUCUCGUCGCGGACAAACACAGUGAACUUAUUUCCUUAGUGACUGCGGCCAGGGCUGCAGACCUGAAAAUAUCUCCCCGGAAAACCAAACCGAGCUCCGCCGCAGCGGGGCUCCAGAACCCCCCGGUCACCUACAUGCACAUCUGCGAGACGGAGGUGUUCAGCAUGGGGGUGUUCCUGCUGAGGGCCGGCGCCUCCAUACCGCUGCACGACCACCCGGGCAUGAACGGGAUGCUGAAGGUUCUCUACGGGAAGGUGAAUGUCCGUUGUUUUGACAAGAUGGAGGAUAACCUGACUGUCAGCAAUGUCCUGCCUUGUUUUGAACCUCCAUUGGCUCCAUUCCAGAUGACUUCCCUGCGGCGCUCCGUGCUCCGUUCAGUCAUUGAGUACUCAGAGACCAGCGGGCCUUGUCUCCUAACUCCUGUACAGGAUAACCUCCACCAGAUCGAUGCAGUGGAGGGACCGGCUGCAUUCCUGGAUAUCCUGGCACCUCCAUACAAUCCAGAUGACGAGCGGGACUGUCACUAUUACAAAGUCCUGCAAACUGUUGCAGAGGGAGAAACCGAUGGAAAGAGCAAUGAAGAACAGAAAGGAGAGGAGACAGAUAAAGAAAAGGAAGCAUGGCUGCUAGAAGUUCCUCAGCCGGAGGACUUCUGGUGUGGUGGGGAGCACUACCCAGGACCGACAGUCUCAGUCUGAAUCAACCCCAGCCCUAACUACACUACAGUAUGUAACAAUGAUUAUAUAGAGAUAUCCAUCGAUCCACGAGGGGAAACUUUGUUUUUGCCCAUUCCAUAAGGGGGUCUAGCAUGAGGUCAAAGGGACUGAGUGCCUUGCUCAAGGAUGCUAAACAAGGCCAAAGCUUGUUGAAAUAGGAGCUUGAACUCUGACACUCUGCACAGAAUCAGGAACACUGAACUGCUUUCCACAAACAGUCAACAACCUCCUCAGUACUGAGGAACGAGUGAACCCAAGGAAUUCUGAUUCCUAAUAUGGUAUUUUUUCUGUGGAUGAUUAAUACACUUGUACACAAAUGAAUGUUGUCAGCCAAAUGUUCUGUGAAUGCCGGGGUGUCAUUAGGGUUGCUGAUGUGUGUUCUCUGAGAAAGCCUUCCACACAGAGGAGUUCCACAUCGUAUUGUGUCUUAAUGCCGAAGCCUGUAACUCCAGUCGUACCUGCCUUAUGUGUAAAUAUUGAAUGUACUUAUUAAGAGUGCCAUUUCUAUUGUACACACUCCUUUCCUCUUCCAAAGUGCACCCACUAUAUGAUAUGUAUUUUAUUUUAUUUUAUUUUAUUUUAUUUUAUUUCAUUUUAUUUUGCCGAAGCCUGUAACUCCAGUCGUACCUGCCUUAUGUGUAAAUAUUGAAUGUACUUAUUAAGAGUGCCAUUUCUAUUGUACACACUCCUUUCCUCUUCCAAAGUGCACCCACUAUAUGAUAUGUAUUUUAUUUCAUUUCAUUUCAUUUUAUUUUAUUUUAUUUUAUUUUAUUUUAUUUUAUUUUAUUUUAUUUUACUUUAUUUCAUUUCAUUUCAUUUCAUUUCAUUUCAUUUCAUUUCAUUUCAUUUCAUUUCAUUUCAUUUCAUUUCAUUUCAUUUUAUUUUAUUUUAUUUUAUUUUAUGUUAAUGUUGUUUCCAGAAGUCAUGACACAGGUCUGGUCAGUUUAGGGGACAAAGCUACACAUUCUGUAGCUUACUCCACAGUGAUGUGGGGAUUAUCAGGGAUAUUAAACUUGGCUUGCCCUGGAGCCACUUUUGCCAAUUGACUGAAGGCCACAAAUAAGCAAACAAUAAUAUGAACAGGCCAAUAACAAAUUUGAAUUUAGACUUCUUUAUUUUCAAAUGAGCUAGGGCUGCACCUAAAUGUAUAUUCAUUGUUAAUGAAUUGAUUGAUGAUUAAUUGAUUAGUUGCUUUAAUUGAUUAGGGCUAUAAAAUGUCAUUGAAAAAUGUUGAUACAUAUUUCACAAAGUACAAGCUGUGUACUCAGAUCUCGUUAUUUGUCUUAGUUUACUGACAUAGAGACUUUUGACCUUAAUUAACUAAAUGUAAUAUUUGCUUAUCCACUGCUGAUUUACCUAUUACAUUGUGAAGCAGUUUAUUGCCAUUGUGAUUAGAAAAUGCUUGGCAUGCCACUUGGCUUCCAUAAGUAUCCCUGGUGUAUGUGAUGCAUUAUAUCGAAGACUGAACAAAGUCUUUAAACCCAGUCCAGAAAGUAUAUUCCAUACAAAGUAUCAUAUUUUAAAAUGGAAACUGUGAUAUGAAACCAACGCACUUAGACUUUCUUCACUACUUUUUUCAUGUAGAUUGAUAAACACUAUAUCAUUCCAACCUGUAUGUUACAUUACUUUACCUUAUAUCUUUAUCCUCCUUUGGCUUAAAUUAGACUUAACACAGGUGUAUGCACCAGUUUGACAAUGACUCGGUUACUGUGAUGUUGAAUGUAUGUGGAACAAUAAAAUAGAUAUGAGUGA